AUGCUGAGUGUCAAGGCCGAGCGUUCACUUCUCGACUGGGUCCCAGUUAGCAGCCGACUUUGCGCUGUACGUCUGGAUGGUUCAGUACGGAUCAACAGCUACAGAACAAAGCGUCGAUGUUUGUUCGUCCUAUCUGCCUAUGCACCAACUGAUUACAGUAUGCCAGAAAUAUCUGGUACGGUUGAAAGCUUCCCCACCUCUGUCGAUGAUGAUCGGUGUGUUGUCGAUACCCGAUUUUCGGUUCAACCAGCCGAGUUUGUCCCGCCGGCCAAAUUAUCUUCGAUUAACUCACAACUACUGACUAACAGAGCUGCUUCUAUAAGAGUUGCGUAUCAACACUUGUGCGCUGCAAAACACCGAUUGCUUAAACGGUGUACAUAUGUCCAUCGAUUGCACAAGAACUAUGCCGAAGCCUUGUGCCAAUGGUGUCCCUAUGAAGCCAAGUCCAUGGUUGUUGCGGAUGCAUUCCAAAUAGCCGGUCACGAAUUGGAUAGUUUUUCCUCGUUGAUGGAUCCUGGAGAAGAAGAGGAAGCUGAACUUGUGGAAAAGUCGAAGAAGCUACUGAUUCCACCACGACAGUUUCAGGACCCGAAAGACUGUCAAUCAACUCAUAUGGAAAAACGCGACCCACAAUUAAUCUCUCAGAUGGUCGCUUCCGCCUGCGUGGACGUGCUUCGGGAGACUUUGCAUUUUGAGUCUGUCCACGAGUCUGAACUCAACGACUUGUUUCAUGCUUACGCCUGUUUACAACUUCGUCGAGCAGAGCGUUGCAAACGUAUGUGGGAACGAGUGCAUGCGAGUCUAUUGCGCGCGGCUGAAGGAAUCUCUUUAUCACACAGUUCUUGCUAA